AUGGCGAUCCAAGGGCAAGCUCUAUGUAUCUUGAUGACCGUCACCUGUGGUCUGUCAUAUCUACUCUAUGGAUAUGAUCAAGGGUUUAUGUCAGGAGUUCUACUGGUCGAUGACUACCUAGUCGUUAUGGGCAACCCGUCUUCCUUCAUGCAGGGUCUGCUCUCGAGUUUGUAUACGCUGGGCUGUUUCUUCGGAAGCAUCACUAGCAUGAUAUGCAGCGAGCGACUCGGUCGCAAGAACCCGAUCUUGAUCGGCACCUGCUUCAUUUUGGCUGGUGCCACGAUCCAGACCGCGGCGUAUUCCCGCGCUCAAUUCCUUGUUGGUAGGAUUGUGGCGGGACUGGGAACGGGUCUCAACACUUCUCUUAUCCCUAUCUGGCAGGCUGAAACAUUACCUGCUCGCAAAAGAGAGAAAUUCGGGGCGUUGCAAAAUGAGCCUUUUCAGUGGAGGUUUGCCGUUGCGGCGCAGUGUGUUUUUGGCGUUUUGCUUUUAGUUAUUGUGCCUUGGAUGCCAGAGUCUCCUCGAUGGCUUUUUAUACAUAGCCGAGCAGAUCAAGCUCUAGCAGUCAUAAUGAAGAUGCAUGGGACACCAAAUGAGGAUGAUGAAGAAGUCCAGACAGAAAUUAGAUUGAUCAAUCAGGCAAUUGAGCUGGAAGAGCGCAACGGUGCCAGCAAGUGGAUUCACCUGUUUAAAAACGAGAAGGAGACCCAAAAUCUCCGUCGCGUCUUGCUGGGAUGGUGGCUCAUGUUCAUGGUAAUGUGGUCUGGAGUAUGCAGCAUUGGCUACUAUAUUUCGUACUUGCUGCAGAACUCUGUUGGCCUAGACCACAAUCUCUCAUUGCUGCUUUCUGGUUUCAACGGUCUUUGGUACUUGGUCUCAGCCUUAAUACCGUUCGUUCUCAUCAAACAUAUCGGUAAACGUUGGUGUCUCAUGAUCGGCGCUUUCGGCAUGGGCUGCUGCUUUCUGACUAUGUCCUUGACCAUUCGUUCUGGGACAUAUUCUGCAUCUAUCAUCUGCGUGAUUGCAUUCUUUCUCUAUUAUACUUUCUUUGCGCUCGGUUUCCUCGCCGUGCCAUGGCUGUAUAAUGCCGAGAUUUUGCCUUUGCACCUACGCUCGCGAGGCAAUGCCAUCACCACAUCGUCUAACUGGAUCUGGAACUUCGUGACAGUCAUGGUGACUCCUUCCGUGAUGAGCAAACAGGGCUGGAAGGGGUACUUGAUUUUCACUGUCUUCAACUUCUGCUUCAUUCCUUUUAUCUACUUCUUCUACCCCGAAACCACCGGCAGACGGCUCGAAGAGAUCGAUGCAAUCUUUUACAAGACCAGUGCCAUUGUUGCUGGCACUGAGUGGGCUAGGAAGGGCAAGUUUGAAACGACUCACCUGGAUCAAAUGUUACAUGACAGUGAGAUUGCCAAAGCAGCUAUCUAUGCCGAAGAUCUUUGA